UUUCUUUUCUCGACCAUAAUCAGACCAUAAUCAGGAGUUCAAAUUAUCCUUUCUACUCCAUGGUAACUGAAGUAACCCUUCUCCUUCCAACCCACCCUACCAAACAUAUCCAAAUCCUAGCUCUUGAGUGGUAGGAGGGGGCUGAACAGGUUGACGAGGGUUUGCUGCGUAUAAGGGGACAGAGCGGCGCGAGGGAGAGAAGAGAAGAGAGUAGAGAGAGAAAGAGAGACCUUGCGUCUAGGGUUUUGAAAGUCCUAACGAUCAAAGAGGUGUCUCUAUUGUCUGCAGGGGUCGAGUGUGAGAGAUUUUUAGAGAGAGAGGUGAGAUCGAGAGCGCUCAGGAGGAGGAGAGAGAAACUUUUUUGUGCUCAAAGCUAGCGAUUUUCUCUCUACAUUUCGAUUUUCCUGUAGUAGUACUUGUCGAGAAUGUCGGAUAGAAAGCUUGUGGUUUUGGGUAUCCCGUGGAAUGUGGAUACAAAUGGAUUGAGGGAUUAUAUGACCAAAUUUGGAGAAUUGGAGGACUGUAUUGUGAUGAAGGAGCGGUCCACUGGUCGUUCUCGUGGUUUUGGAUAUGUAACAUUUGCAUCGGUUGAGGAUGCUAAGAAUGCAUUAUCAAGUGAGCACUUUCUUGGCAAUAGAAUGCUUGAAGUGAAGAUAGCAAUGCCAAAGGAGGAGAUGAAGGCGUCAUCAAAGAAAGCCACCAGAAUAUUUGUGGCCAGGAUUCCGCCAAAUGCGACAGAAGCUGCCUUCCGGAGUUAUUUUGAGAGUUAUGGCGAUAUAACAGAUUUAUACAUGCCAAAGGAUCCAAGUACCAAAGGACAUCGCGGGAUUGGGUUUAUCACUUUUGCAAGUGCUGAAUCUGUGGACAAUCUGAUUGCUGAAACUCAUGAAUUGGGAGGUUCCACCAUAGUUGUUGACCGAGCAACUCCAAAGGAGGACGACUUCAGACCAGUAAGCCGAAUGCCAGUAGGUGGUGGGUAUGGUGCAUAUAAUGCUUAUAUCACUGCAGCAACUAGAUAUGCUGCGUUAGGUGCUCCUACCUUAUAUGAUCAUCCAGGCUCUGUUUACGGAAGAGGGGAUUCCUCUCGAGGGAUGGGCAAAAAGAUUUUUGUUGGGAGGCUUCCUCAGGAGGCAAGUGCUGAUGAUCUUCGCCAGUAUUUUGGAAGAUUUGGCCAUAUUUUAGAUGUUUAUGUCCCGAAGGAUCCCAAGAGAACUGGGCACAGGGGUUUUGGUUUUGUGACCUUUGCUGAGGAUGGUGUAGCAGAUCGCGUGUCUCGAAGGUCCCAUGAAAUAUGUGGACAGCAGGUUGCAAUUGAUUCGGCUACACCAAUUGAUGAUGAUGAUGCCGUUGGUCAUAGCAGCAAUUUAAUGAUGGAUAAUCCCGAACCAUAUGGCAGCUAUGGCGGUCCUAUGCGUACCUUUGGCAGGAUGUAUGGAAGCAUGAAUUUUGAUGAUUGGGGCUAUGGCAUGGGUAGCGGGAGACCUUCACGCGCAGAUUUGAGGUAUAGGCCAUACUAGAGAUAUGGUCACGGGCACUGCUUCAAAGUUGUUUCUGGGUAAUCAAAGUAACGCGAUGCUGCAUUGGCUAAUCAAGCUUGCUUAAAGUAUUAGGAUAGUUCUUUUGAUGUGCAAAGUAUUGCUGAAUUCAAUGUUCUAUGCAACCUAACUUUGCAGAUAAAUUUCUUUUAUGUUUUUUGUUAAAACCCUCUAUAACAACCAUAUUCUGACUAAUAUUCUAUGGUGGAAUAUUUCGUUAAACAUUAUUUGCCUGCAGGCAAAUUGAUCUAACACAUAGUUUAUAUAACUUAUAAUCUCUUAUUCA